AUGCCUGCAUUAAUCAGUUCUGCCGAUACGAUGGACACAUUCUUAUCACAAUCCGAGGAGCCUAUCCCGCUUGGUGCCGUUCAUGGCGUUAUUCAUAGCCAUCGUUAUCGAGAAAAACUAUCCGAGAUGCUUGACACCACAGAGAAUCCAAAUUUUGCCAAGGUGUACGAAGCUACGGCGAAAGAUGAACAGAAAGUGGCGGAUUUGUUCGAGCGGAUAGUCAAUUCGAAGAUGGAAAGACGUGUUGCUUUGGCAUUGAGAGGUGCUGAUGCAGAGUCGUUCAUGGAUGCGUUGCAACUUAUCCUCGACGAGAACAUAGAAUGCUCUAUCACGCAAAACGACGCGCUGAAGGCUCAAAUGCGAGGGCUUCUGAUACAGCUUUCGAAGUUAUCCACCGGCCUACCGGAAUCGAUGUUUAUCUCCGGAGUGGAACCCGUGAAGAAUAGAAGGUACCUGGGCGGUACUUUUGGAGACGUUUAUCGAAGCAUGUAUAAUGGGAAGCCGGUUGCGCUGAAGAUGCUGCGGAUGUUCCAGAAUCAGGCGGAGAGGAGCAAAAUCUACAAGCGAUUUUGUAAAGAGGCAUCUAUAUGGCAAGGCUUGAAGCACGAGUUUGUAUUGCCCCUCCUCGGCAUCGACGCGGAGAAUUUCCCUCGACAACCUUGCAUGGUGUCACCGUGGAUGAUGAACGGAACGCUAGUCCAGUUUCUGAGAAAAAAUCCUAGGUCUAAUUUGGAUCGUCUCCUCUACCAAAUCAUUCAGGGCAUAGACUACCUUCACUCCCAGGAGGUUGUACACGGAGAUCUAAAAGGGGGAAACAUCCUUAUUGAUGAAAGGUGCAGGCCUCGGCUUGCAGAUUUCGGUCUGACCGUAUUCGCAGAAGCUACCAUGCAGAGCACAACGGACCAUGGUGGAACAUUGCGUUGGAUGGCACCUGAACUUCUAUACCCCCACGGAGAACCUCAAAGGAGGUCGUAUGCAAGUGAUAUCUACGCUUUUGCUUGCGUUUGCGUUGAAGUCUACACUGGAAAGUGUCCGUUCGCCGAAAUCCCAAGCGAAGGCCAGGUUAUCACCCAGCUUUUCCAGGGUGCCCGACCGAAACGACCAGAGAAGAUAUCAGAUUCUCUCUGGAAGAUCGUGACUCACUGCUGGCAGACCGAUAAAGCCGCUCGGCCUCGAAGUCAUAGGGUUGUUGAUGCUCUCUCUAAAAUCAAGAACACGGGCGGAGAUGGUUCAAUAUCAAGCGGAACUUGGGAUACCCUGCAGCCAAACGCAGAUCCCAUGUUUAUGGGUCGGCAUCUUGAGGCUCGAGGGCCGGGGGAAGCUUCGAGCAGGCGGAAGCCCUUUACGCCAUUCACUUCUCCACAACGCUCGCUGCUUGACCACACCAUGCGGUGGCUUGACCAGGAUAUUGAGGAUGAAUUUUCUCAAUGUCUGAAAUGUGUCAGACACCACGCCGAUCCAUAUCGGAUGUAUUACCACGCGCAACCCUUACAGCAGAAUUCCUCCGUCAGUAUCUUUACUGUUCGAAUGAAGGGCACCAGCUCGGUUUAUACCGUAAAACAGAUCGACUUUCGACAACCUGGAUUGACGAAACAUCUAAGCCGUCUCAUUGACGAGUUCCACGACAUGCGAUUCCUCCCCCAUCCCAAUAUCGUCAAUUACGUUGAUCUUUUCCAAUACGGGAACCAUUUAUGGGUCGUUAUGGACGCUAUAGCGGAUUCUAUACCCCUCAGUAAGCUCCUUCGGCGUACCUCAGGCUUGAAGGAGGCCUACAUGGCAAAUGUGAUACGGAAUAUACUGCAAGCGGUGCAUUAUCUGCAUCGACAUGGGAUUGUUCAUGGGAAUAUCUCUUCCGAGCAAGUGUUGCUUGACACUUCGCAGACUCAUGGUGUGCGUCUGAAGCUCUGCGCGAUGAUUAUGGACCCCGAUUCCUCACCCUCACAGAGGCUGGCCGCUCCAGAAACUCGCGAAGGCAAAAUAGGACCUGAAGUAGAUAUUUGGAGCUUGGGUAUCCUCGGUAUCGAAAUGUGGGAUUGCACGAUAGACCUCAAUCAAGAACGUGUGGAUUUACUACUACAAGUACUCAAGAAUGCGACCCCUCCAACUGCACACAUGAGGAGUUUUCUCAAUCAGGCUUUAGAAGUAAAUCCGGCUUUCCGACCUACGGCUGCGAAGCUACUACAGCAUUCGUUCCUGAGUAACAUUGAACCCAAACGGAAUGUUGUCAGGAACACGACUGGAUUGAUUCGAAGUCUCACUGAUCCAAAGCAGAGGUCGCGAGAGGGCGUUGGUAUGAACCGCAGUCGGACCGCUAAGAAGUAA